UAUCUUACCUGAGCCUCGUCGAUGUCAGGAGGCGAGCACUGAGAGUCCUGUUAGAGUUCCCAGCUAUUCCGACGUACAAGUGCCCAAAUGGCGGAUGUGACCUUCAAAUUCUCGGAAUGGCCCCCUGCGCUGACCGACAGCCAACUAGAGGCAUUGCAUUUGCAGGCGUCGACCUAUGCACUGUCCCAUGGCCUUCUGUAUCUCUCUGUGCAGCCUCCACGACUUCCAACAUCAGCGAUACAUGCACCAUUAUCCCUUCUUCCUUCACCAUUUCCUAGACGUCUCUUCAACUUUGCACAGAGAAUCCAGUCCACGUACAAUGUCUUGUAUUCCCGUAUCGCCAUGGAUGAGGACUUUUUAGACGAAAUAAUGGGGACUGAGCGCGGCGUUGGAAAGGUCGACACAUUUACUGGUCAGCUUUGGUCCGGAUGGAAGGAAAUUCGGGAUCGAGGUGGUGCAGUACAGCCCUUGCACCUAGGCCUAUUCAGAUCCGAUUAUCUUUUACACGCAUCGGAUUCAGACAAACUGGCUCUGAGGCAAGUCGAAUUCAAUACGAUAUCAUCGUCGUUUGGGACUUUAUCUGAGCGAGUUGCCAAUCUGCACCGCCAUCUUUAUUCUUUAACAGAUUAUUUCAAUGCUUCUACGUGGCUGAAAGCAGAGAAUUUCUCUCCAAAUCAGACCACUGCCGGUCUGGUUGAGGGCCUAGCAGCCGCGCAUGCCGCGUACAAUAUCCCUGGUUCUCAAAUCCUAUUCGUCGUUCAGCCAGGCGAGCGAAACGUCUUUGACCAAAGAUGGCUCGAAUACGAACUGCUAGAAAGGCAUUCAAUUCACGUCAUCCGCCAAACCUUCGACGAACUAGCGUCGUCAGCCUCGAUUGACCCUUCAACAUCUGCUUUACUCGUCUCUUCCAUUGAGAUCUCGACCGUCUACUUCCGCGCAGGCUAUACCCCGACAGAUUACCCAACUCGAUCGCAUUUUGAGACCCGCUUCCUCCUCGAACGUUCCAAAGCAAUCAACUGCCCUUCGAUCCCUCUGCAGCUUGCAGGUGGAAAGAAGGUGCAACAGGUUCUCGCACAACCAGGCAUAUUGGAGCGCUUCCUUGGCGAAGACUUCACGGUGGAGCAACUCGAAGAGCUGCGUGCAAGCUGGAUGGGAAUGUGGGGUCUUGAUGAGCCGGAUGGGAUACAGAAGGCCAGGGAGAGAUCGGCGGGGUUGGUAUUGAAACCCCAACGAGAAGGCGGCGGUAACAACGUCUACAAGGAGUCUAUUCCCCCAUUUUUGGAUACCCUGUCUACAGAGGAAAGUCAGGCAUGGAUUGCCAUGGAGUUGAUCGUACCGCCGGAGGGCGUGAAAAGCUACUUAGUGCGGGCUGAAUUGACGGGAAGCGUGAAGACGGAGGUAGUCAGCGAAUUGGGGAUCUUUGGGUGGUCCUUGUUUGGGAACAAGAAGAUUGUAGAAGAGAAGCAGGUCGGAUGGUUGGUCAGGACCAAAGGCAAAGAUAGCAAUGAGGGCGGUGUUGCAACUGGAUUUUCUGUCUUGGAUUCAUUGCUUUUGGUCGAUGACUGAAGUGAUGCAUGGAUUCUUACCGACGCUCCUGCAGUCCUAGAAAUAAUGAAUAAGUACCUUUAUGUGCGCGUUGACGUCCUUGAAAUU